AGAGGAUGCAAUUGCUGAACUAAAAGUUCUUGUUAUCGUCAUCUCAUAACCCAAUAAAACCACUGCCCUCAGGAUAGUGAGACAUGAAAAUACAGAAGGUGGUAGUUAGGCUCAUCUUAUCUGUGUAAUUCUCGAUUUUUUCUUUUCGUGACUAUUUUCCAACUAACAAGUAACAACAAUGGCGGAUCCUUUCGGAGUAAACCCUCACCACCUACUCGAAUCAGAGGACAUGUCUUCCUUUGUACACAAUAUUCUCGGAGGCUCAUCCGCUUCUGGUAAUGGAAAAGUCGGUCUUUUUGGUCGACGGGAGACUGGAGCUCACGCCAUGGAGUCUGGGAUGAGGGAGGGAUCUUCUGUCCCAGUCGUCGUGUCGUCGUCUAGCCUCCAGUUACCUAAUCCUUGCAGGUUUUAUGGAAACGAUGUCAAGGAAGAUGACGUUAAUGUGUUUUCUUCAGCUGGAAUUAAGGAUUGUGAAGCGAUCACUUCUUCUAAGGGGGUUGAGUUUCCAGAUGACGACAAGGUCGACGAUUUCAAUUUUUCCCUUGAGGACUGCGAAACUUCAGAUCCACGAAGUAAUCAGGCCCAACGACGUUCCUCAAAGAGGUGUAGAUCAGCGGAGGUUCAUAAUUUGUCAGAAAAGAGGAGGAGGAGUCGAAUCAAUGAGAAAUUAAAAGCACUGCAGACCUUGAUACCGAAUUCUAAUAAAACUGAUAAGGCAUCUAUGCUUGAUGAAGCCAUUGAAUAUUUGAAGCAGCUUCAAUUGAAAGUCCAGAUGUUGACAAUGAGGAAUGGAUUGAGUUUGUACCAUCCAUCAGGUUAUUUCCAAGGAUCUUUACAAUCAAAUCAAUUUCCUCCAUCUGGGAACAGAUUUGAUGAGAGUGUAACUCUAAACACAAGAGGAGGUGGAGGAGGAGCACCUAAUUUCUCUGGCAUACAUGAAAUUUCAUUCCAGAGGGGGUUUGAGAUUUCCCAUCAGAAUAUGGGGAACAAUGCAAGUUCAGAGAGUCCACUGGUCUUUGAUGAGACACCAAUGCAGAAUCACUAUGGAUUGCUUAACCAUUUGACUUCUGGAAAGGAUUUAUGCAGAAAUGAUGCACUGUCACGAUUGCAUUUAGACAUGAGUUGCUCUGGGAAUAACUCAUCACCGGGUGUCUCUUCUUCUUAGUUAGUCAAUAGCAAAUUAGUUACAUUGCAUUUCAUAACUUCUUUUAAAUCUCAAAGAAAUCAUCGACAUAAUAGAGCUCUCCAACUAGGUGAGCUCAAUGGACGAUCCUAUCUGAUUUACCAGAUUAACUUUAAUACUUUGUUUGUUUUCAAGGUGUUUUGGACCUUUUGGUUCCAUAUUCCCUAAGAGAAACGAUUCUGAUAAUUUCUAGAUUCUGUCCCAAAUGGUGGUAAAAUUUGAAUAUUGGUUGCAAACUAAUACGGAGUACUAUGUAGCAAGUAUUAAAGAAUAAAGAGUGUGUAUUCCGG